CUGUCCCACUUUCUACUUGAUGAUUGAAUCAUCGAAGUGUUGACUGAUCGUCGUAAAAUUGAAAGAAAUUGGACUAUUUUUGUAACUAAAUUAGUUCUCCUAAUUAUUUUUGCAUAAUACGAAAAUGUCGCGACCGGGAGACAGACCGAACCAAGCACAAACGUACAAACUUGUGGUAGUAGGCGGUGGUGGUGUUGGAAAAAGUGCAAUUACAAUACAAUUUAUUCAGAGUUAUUUUGUGACUGACUAUGACCCUACUAUUGAAGACAGCUAUACAAAGCAGUGUGUCAUUGAUGAUAUACCAGCGAAACUGGACAUUCUGGACACAGCAGGCCAAGAAGAGUUUAGUGCGAUGCGUGAACAGUACAUGAGGUCGGGCGAGGGUUUCUUGCUCGUCUUCUCAGUGGCCGACCACGCCAGCUUCGACGAGUUGUACAAGUUCCACAAACAGAUCCUACGUGUUAAGGAUCGAGAUGAAUUCCCCAUGCUGAUGGUCGGGAAUAAAGCUGAUUUGGAAAUGCAACGAGUGGUACGUAGAUUAAGUUGUUGA